UAUAUACAGGUCUCGUAUUAAUAACGAAACAAAGUUUUCGUCGCUUGACGGUGGAGUGUCGACUACAAUUUCAUCAGCCAGUCUUGUUUAGGUGGCGUUUGUGUUACCGUUACCACGUUGCAAUUAUAAGCUGUGAUUACCAUCAAGAUGGAUAAACUGAAAUUGGGAGGUAAUCAGGGCUCAGCAAAUAAGAAAAAACGAAACAGGAGAGCCAAGUCGUCAAACUUCAUUGAAAAUGAUCAUAUGAAAGGACCUAAUUUUAAAGUUGUUGAUAAAACAAGUGAGAGUUCAACUCAAGCUUCUAAUAUGUGUUCUAGAGUACAAAAUGAGCAGUCUAAGGAUAACAAAUUAGCUCCCGCAGAAGAGUCAACAAUUAAUCCAAACCUCUCGGAAAGUCAGUAUACUUUGAAACAUAAGAAAAGAAAAAGUAAGAAGAAAAAAUCUCCAAUUAGAACUGUUACUGAUAAAGAAGAGGUUAGCAUGUUGUCAGCAGAUGGUGAUAUUCAGCUGAGUAAGAAAAAUGGAUUUGGAAUAAAUCUUGACUCUAGUGGACAGGCAUCAGAAGAAAAAAUUGUUGUCAGUGGAUUAGAGGCAAUUAAAACAGCAGUGAGUAAUAUUGAUGUUACUGACAGUAUACAGAAAACAAAGGUUUAUGACCAUCAGACACUUGUGAAAGCAGAAAAUCUGUUGAAAUCAACAGAGUUGGCUGAUUCUUUAACUGGAACUUUGAAGUCUUCCAUAAUGUCUACACACGAAGCAUUAAAGGAAGAAUCUUGGGCACCAUGUACAGGGGCAGGAAAACAGCAGAGGCUUGACUCUCGUGCCUCUAACGAAGAAGGACAGAAAACUAAAGCUCAGCUUAAAGCAGAGAGAAAAGCAGCAUUUGAGGCUAAGCGUGUUGCUGAAGUUGCUGAUAAAAGGAUGUCAGAUAAGCAAACACAGCAGAAAAGCAAAGCAACUCUACGUGCAGAACGUCGAGCAGUUCAAGAAGCUCAAAGAGCAGCAAAAGAAGGCAAGCAUCAAUUAGAAAAUGUUUGUCCAGUGGCAUCUGUCAAAAUGCAGGAAGUAUUUCUGAAGCAAGAUCAUAAAGAGGGAAUGAAAGAUGCAGAGCAAGGAGCUGAAUUUUCAGUUUCCAAAAACGAAAAAUCUGCUGGGGUAAAAAAAGUACAUAAGAAAACAUCUGAUGAUCCUCGGGUAUCACAGCAAGAAGUUAGAAAAAAAGUUCGUUUGUUUCGACACUUACCACAAUACCAUCAUAACUACCUUUUAACUAGAAACCUAAGAUUAGCAGGAUCCGACCUCCAUCCUUCUAUCAUCGGACUUGGUCUGCAGAUUUCUCAGGGUGUUGUCCGUGGUUCUAAUGCUCGCUGUGUUGCUUUAUUGACUGCUUUAAAAGAAAUAAUUCAAGAUUACAUAACACCUCCUCAUAAAGAACUGUCUAGGGAUCUUGAAGCUAAGAUUCGAAAUUACAUGAACUUUCUUAACCAGUGUCGACCAGUAGCUGUAAGUAUGGCUAAUGCUGUGAAACAUCUAACACGAUUCAUCACUAAGAUGCCAAGCAAUAUAAAUGAUUCUGAGGCUAAACUACGAUUAUGUGAGCAAAUAGACACCUUCAUUAAAGAAGAGAUUAAACUUGCAAAACAGGCUAUUUCGCAAAAUGCUGGUGAAAAUAUAAGAAACCAUGAUGUAGUUCUUACCUAUACUUGUUCUUCUUCAGUAAAGGGUGCAUUGUGUGAUGCAUAUGAUGAGGGAAAAAAUUUUAGAGUUGUAGUGGUUGAUGCUCGACCUAGACUUGAUGGAAGAGAAAUGUUGAGGUGUUUGGUAAAGAAAGGUAUCCAGUGUUCAUAUGUUUUGAUUAAUGCUGUUCCCUACAUUAUGCAAGAGGUAACUAAGGUGAUGCUUGGAGCACACUCGUUACAAGCCAAUGGAUAUGUCAUGUCAAGAGUUGGGUGUUCUCAGAUUGCUCUCAUUGCUAGAGCCUACAAUGUUCCAGUUCUAGUUUGUUGUGAGACAUACAAAUUCUCAGAGCAUGUGCACACAGAUUCUAUUGUCUAUAAUGAAUUGGCUGAUCCCAAUGAACUUGUGACUGAAUUGCCACCCAACAAACAAACACUAGAGAACUGGCAAGAUAUUCCUUCAUUGUAUUUAUUAAAUCUUGAAUAUGAUUUGACCCCUCCUGACUUGGUUGCUAUGGUGAUCACAGAUAUAGGCAAUUUGCCUUGUACUUCUGUUCCUGUGGUGCUGAGAGUUAAGCAUGCAGGUUCACAAGAGGUGUAAAUUCUCUUGCUUCUAGUUAAUGUUAUGCUACCCCUUUUUUAAUCUUUUUUUGUUGUUAUUUUUAAGAGUUUCAAACGUUUUUAAUUAUGUAGACAGGUGGUAUUAAAUAUUUGAGUAACUAAUAUUAUUAAAGAACUAAUACAUGUUAAAAGCUGGUUCAGUAAUAACAUUAUGCAUCUGUUGGUGGUAAGAAAGGCUGUCCAAUUGGAAAUUAAAAAGGUAUGCAUUGUGAAGUCAGAUAUGCAGUUGAAAUGAAUAAAUUUGCAUAUAGCUGUAGAAAAUUGAAAGCAGAAGCAUUAUUGUACAUUAAAAAAUUAAUUCACAGAUAUAUAUACAACUCAAAUGUACAUCAGGUUAUAUAGUUAGUCAAAUAAAAUCCUACAAAUCCCUGUGAUUUAGAUAUAUGGUUUAACUUGAUUUGUUUUUAUGUGCUAUAAAAAUAAUGAAGAUUUCUAAGGUUCCCUUGUAGCUCUCAAUUUCUGUGUAGCAGCAGUAGCAAAAAUGGAUAUUUUGUCUUGCAAGCCUAAUAUGAUCAUUUAAAAUAUUCUGAUAAAAUUAAAAACACAUCAGAAGAUAAUAUUCAUUAACAUGCAGUGUUUGGUUCUGUUGCCUAAAUAAACUUAAAUUUUUGUCUUUCAACACAUAGGUAAUAUUUUUUUAAAUUAUCAUUUGCUUGAUUAGAAGAUUUAUAAAUUUAGGAAUUGUAUGUGUAACAGUUUGAUUUUUGUUUUUGGGAGUGGUUGUGUGCAUACAUUUUUGAAGUGUAUAUUAAUUAAAGGUGCCACAGUAGUUAUUGAAACCUAAGUAAAAGCUAUAGAUUUAGAUCUAUGUCUGUUGGAAUGCUAACGUGAAACGUAGGGAAUUCUGAGGCAGUGCAACUGGGUAUUAUUUUUUUAGAUUUGACUUUAAAAAAUUUUGGCCAAUUUCUUGCCCUUAAGCCCCAUAAUUCUGCUUCCUGAAGGUCUAUAGAAAAGUAUAAUUUUUUUCUAAUUCACACUUACUGAAUGAAUAGUAUAUGGAGGUAUUCUGCCAAAUACUCUUUUUGAACUGAAACAUGGAGAGAAAAAUUCAGAUCUGAGAAUUAAAAAAAUGAAUUGAACUAAGUUUGGGAAAUGGCAACAAACAACAGGAAGAAAAAUAUACGAUUCUGAGAAGCUAAGUUAAAACUAUUUUCUUUUAAGAGUUGAAUUGAAUUAAGUUUGGAAAAUGGCAACAGACAAAUCAGGUAACGAAUUUGGAUAAUUAUAGAAGUAAUUAAGAUAAUGGAGAUAUUUGACUGGGUACAUUGAAGACUGUGAAUCAUGAGGGGACCUUAGAAUCCUGCAGUGGAGUGUGAGUAUUUUAUGCUAAUAGUAAAUAAGUAAAAUAUAAUUAGUGUAGACUCUGUACACUACUUAAAUAAUGAAGGCAUCAGAGUUUGGUGAAACAAAUGAAAUAUUCUUUUAGUGUAAUUUAAAAGUGGAUAUAUUAAUGUAACACAAAUCUGACAAUAUGAAGUACCACAUUAAAAUAUAAGAUUUUAUUAGCCCACAUGUUUUACAUCUCUUUGAUUCCACCUGAUGAAAAGUUCUUUAAAGAGCUGGAAAAAUUGUGGGUUAAUGAAACCUUACAUCUUAAAAUAGAGCUUCAGCCUGCCCAUUUCAUUUACAUAAAUGAAAUGAUAUAACUUAUCAGAUCUUUAGGUAUGUUUUUGGUAUUCAUGCAAAUAUUUUGUUACCCAUUUUGAUAUGUGACUGUUUGUGUGUUUUGCCCACUUCUGCUGUGUUUCUAGCAUGUAUUUUUAACAUUGCUGUUUUUCAGAUUUAUUUUCUACAUUUGAAUGAUAAAGUUUUAAAUGAUGUAAAACAUUUAAAGCAGUCUUUAAAGAACAUUCUAGGUUAGCUUAUAAAGUUUUAUAUUUUUGUCGGUUGUGUUAUUUUUUGUUUUGUUUCUAAUCUUGUAGCAGUAAUUUGUUAAAGAAAAAGUAAAAUUAAUAUCUAGCACAGGUUGAAAUACUGUAAUAAACUACUACAUAUUGCUAGUACACACGUACUGAUCUGUUAUCAUAUCUGAUACUUCUACAUUUUAAAAAGUGUAAUGUUCAUAAUAUUAGAGUUAUUGGGUGAUAAAAAAAAAUGAACUUUGUAUUGAUGUUCAAGGAUAUUAAUAAUUAGCUUUUGACUGUAGUUACAUAGUUGGUUAUAGUUUAAAUAAAUGCUUUUGUGCAAUUUACUUUAGUGUUGAUAUAAGAUUUUUGUUUUGGGCUAAAUUAAACUGAAUUGGUCACUCUAGAUAGAGUUCUGAAACCUUUCAAAGGUUACAGUAACGUGUAAGAUUUAUUGGUGUCAAUUUCCUUUAAUAUUGAUACCACAUUUGUUCUUUGGACUAAAUUAAACUGUGAAUUGGUUAUUCUACAUAGAAAUCUGAAUUUUUAAUCCUCACUAUGGUUACAAUAGCUUGUACUGUAAGACUUUAUUGGCAAUUUACUUUAGCAUUAAUAUCAUAUUUUCAUUUUGGACUAAAUUGUACUGCGAAUUGGUCACUAUACAUAGAAUAUUGAAUGCUCUUUACUAUUAUAAUGCUUGUAUUGUAAGACUGUUGGUUAAUUUACUUUAACAUUGAUAUCACAUUUCCAUUUUGAACUCUGAAUUGAACACCAUUGAUAAAAUCUUAAAUUGUGAAACCAUCAUAUGGUUGCAGUAGCUUGUAUUGUAAGUCUUUACUAGUCAUUGCCUUUGAAUUUGAAAACCAUUUAUAAAUGACUAUAGCAUAUCAUUUCCUAUUAUUAGAUUACCAUAUAUAUUAAGCAGAAUCAAAUAAACUGAGUAUUCUGGAAAUGGAACUAAUCAUAAUAUUCUAUUACUUCUAUGUAAAUUUUUCUUCAUAUCUUUCUUGAUUGGUUUGUCUUUUAACUUGAUUUUCAAACUGGAUUAAUUGUGAAUUCAGAAUUUCUUCUCACAAAUAAAAUAUAUUUUAUUUGUGUUGAUCUUGUCUAGACAAUAUAAUUGAUAUUUCGAAGACAAUUUUUUAAUCACAAAUUUUGACCUUACAUGUUGAUGAACUUUCCUGGAAAUAAUGUAAUAUGAAUGCUAUAGGCUAUAAAAUUUAUUCUUAGUUAACAUUGGUAAUCAUCAUUGAAGUAUAAACCUCUUAUCUGUGGCACAUUUGUAAUGAAAACAGUUACACAUUUGUCAGUAUUAUUAUGAUAGCGACUUAUUUUGAAAAUGCACAGUUGUCAUGUUCGUUUUUUUUUUUUUAGAAUUUUUUGUUAACAGGAAUUACUGUAAAUGAAUAUUACUGAUGUAAAUCAAAUGAGAAUCAAAAAUAUUUUUUGAUAAAAUGUUAGUUGCAUAGGGAUUUUGUUGUGUACAACAUAAUAAAUCAUAACUGCCUGAAAGAUUUGUUUUCUACUAACAUUGUUUUAUCUAUCUGAAAAAGUUUCCAGACAUUGGACAUUUGAAGUCAUACUGUACUCUCUUUGACUCAGUCAAAAAGUAUGAAUAGAUAUCAUAUCUAAUAAUGAUUGGAGACAGCUUGAAUGGGAAAUGAAGAAAAACUUUAAUACAAGUUUUAACAUAACAACAAAUGUUCAACGUUUCGACAAAGUUUUGUCAUUAUCACCUUUGCACUUUGGGGUUGUGUUGUAAGGAUGACGGUCUAAUCCCAUUAUUCAAUGUAAGAGUUGACUAACUGUGUUCUUACUAAUCUUUCACUUCAAAAUUAUGGGUUACGCAACUCGCAUUUUGCAAUUCGUGGAAUUGGAUUCCGUCACAGAAUAUUGUCACCUUUUCAGUCACAAUGUGAUUGUCAAUUGUCAACCCCACUAGUUGUUGGUAAACAGUAGUCAAAAUUAGAGAUGGCUACCACAAAUAGCCCUCAAAUAGCUUUGCGUGAAGAUCCCAAAACAAACAUACUCACUGGAUUUUUGGAUGGUGUAUUUAAUCUUCAUAUUAUGAAAAAUGUUUACAAGGUGGUACUUGUUGAUCAAAUGGAACAGUCGACAAUGAAAUGAUUGGCACAAAAACUAGUAAGUGCAUUAGAAAGUUGUGAUAUUUAACUGAAUAACAAAGCCAACUCUGAUUUUGAGAAUAAACUCGUACUUU